CGCUGUGAAGCCUACCGCCCCCACGUCUGACGGCUCGCCCCUCCUCGCUCGGUUUGUCGGGGCUCCAAACUCCUCAUCACCUGAGACGAUCUCCUUGCAAGUCAGACAGCGCAACCAAACCUCGUCGAGCCCCAGAGCGAGCCUUUUGAAAAGGCUUCUUCGCGAACCGGGCACACCUACGUGGCACGCCAAUGAACAAAGUGGAGCAUUGGAAGUUGCAGAUCUGAGAAGGCGAGCUAGCGACCAGUCUACGCGGACGAACCGAGGAAGCGGGUGUGCAGCAUGUCAGAACAGCCACAGGUGCAGCUCGACGAGACGGCGACGGCGCCGCAGGCCGACAAAGCUCGGCAUGCGCCCAAGCCAAGCAUCGCCAAUGCAGCCAACCUCUUUGGCACAGGUGCCGAUGACCCCUUCGCCAGCAUCUCGAGCCCUGAUCUCGGCGGCGGCGACGAUGCCUUCGCGAACGUGGCCCAGCCGCUCAAUGCCAUCGGAGAGGGAGAAGAGGACGAAGCUGAGGCCCCACCGCACGGCGAUGGCGCAGCGAACACCCUGGAGAUCCCGUCUGCUGGCCAUGACCUCACCCUUUCGUCGCCCACGAAGCUCUUUGCUGCCGAUCAAGCUGCAGGUGCCGACGAUUGGCUCACUGCAGACCAAGACCUCGAUCAGCAGCAGCAGUAUGGGCAAGGGCAAGAUGCUUGGGGAAGUUAUGGAGCACAGGAGGGAGCAUAUCAGGAAAACGGCCAGCAUUACAAUGGCAACUACGACUACUCUCAGCAAGGCUACGACCCACAACAAGCCGGCUACGAUCAACACGCACAGCAGGGAGACUACAGCCAGCAGGGAGGCUACACCCAGCAGGGAGAGUAUGGUCAUCAAGGAGACUACGCUCAGCAAGGAGUGUACGCCCAGCAGACGGACUAUGGCGCAUACAGCGGACAACAAACUUAUUCCCAGGGCGGCUAUCAAGAACAAGGGCAGCCGUAUGAUGCAAAUGGUUAUCAGCAGGGUGCUUAUGACCCCAACGCAAACGGUCAGGGCUACUACUCGGAGUAUGAUCCAAAUCAGCAAGCUUAUCAAUACACGCAAGAUCCCAGUCAGCAGCAAUACGACAGUCAGGUGUACGACGGCAAUCAGCGAGCGACCUAUGACGGCGCGCACACCGGCUAUGAUCCUGCAUACCAAGCGCCAUAUAGUGCCGAUGCACAAGCCGCCCAGACAUAUGGGCAAGAUCAGCAAGCAUACGAUCCCACUCAGCAAGCAUACCAAGCCCCUCCGCAGGCGUACGAUCCGAGUCAAUCGGCUUACAGCCAUCUUCAAGGACAGGAGUCUAAUGGCUAUCUUACCGGAGUCGAGGACCAACAGAAUGACAUCCCGACCGCGCCGUACGAUCAGUACGACCAGGUCCAGAGCGGCUAUUCGGACUAUGGUGCUCAGGCUCAAGCUCCCUCGCAAGAUGCUCUUUCGGCUCCUCCGAAAGAGGCAGAUGCCUACGCGGCACCCUCUACUGCAGCAUCAUCUCUUCCCCCACCUCCCAAAGGUCCACCGAAGAGGUCAAUUUCGGCCGAACCGACCCAGGCACCUGUCGAGGAAGAAUCGGCACCUGCUCCUGCACCUGCUACCACCGGCAGCGAGGUGGCCGCCGGAGGGGCAGCUCCAUCCCAGGCUGGCUGGCCCGGUCAGAGCGAAGAGGCAGAGAAGUCAUCGUGGGUCAACUCGCUGGAGCAAGCAGCUUCUUCAGCCCCAAGCGAAGCUUCCGAGGCAGACAAUGAAGGGCACAGAGAGGGCGACACGAACGAGGCGAAGACACUAGGUGAGCAGGCUGGUGUUGGAGAAGCGGCGGAAGCAGCCGCCCCUGCGCUCUUCGUCGAGGACACCGAGGGUCAAUCCGUGCAAGCAGCCUUCGAAGGGUUGAGAAUCGCUGAAGAUGGCGGAAGCGAGGUCGCGACACCCACCCAGCCGGCACCAUCUGCCGAAGCAGGGCACGAAUAUGAAGCAAAGCCCGCCUCCUUUGAUGAUUCAGAAGUGUUCAAGGGUGCAGGCUACGAGUCGUACGGCGGGGCAGAGGAAGCUGGUGGGUAUCCAGGGUAUGGUGAAGAGGCGUACGGCGACGGGACCCACGGCUAUGGCGAGGUACAGGGAGGCGAGACUCCCAACGAAGCAAGCACUUUCAACCCCUACGACCCGACCCCAGCAGCAGCUGCCGACGCAUACGCUGCUCCAUCUCCGAAUUUCCAAGAUGGCCCAGGCUUGAACGAUCAGUACACACCGACGGGAACAGCGAACCCAUAUGCAGUCCCGACCGACUACAACAGCACGUACGGUACUGCUCCCCGCGCCGCUUACGACCCCUAUGCCCCGCGAGAGUAUGGAGCCAGCAGCGAAGGAACGUACCCUGGCAGCACAGAAGCUGCGCCGUAUGCACCCCAGUACGGGGCAGGUAGUGCCGCCGCAGAAGAUCCAUACGCUCCGGUCUCAAACCAGCAGCAGCAGCAGCUUGGAGGGGAGGAUGCGUACUCUGGCUUCGCGACCAACGUCUACUCACCAAAUGGGGAGAGACGGUACAGCCAAGACAGCAAACUCGCUCGCAGCGGCACCCUCACUCAGGACUCCUACAAUCGCUCUUCCUCCGGCCUUGAUCCCCAUGGACAAGCCCCGCGGUCUGCUGGCGAGGUCGACAUCUACUCGGGACCCGAGGGCCUUCGUGGCGAGUCUCUGGGCGAAGCGUUCGAGGGCCAGGGAGGCUCAUCGGGCUACUUUGCUGCCACGCCGUAUGAUGGCGGUGACCGAGCGGUGACUUCACCAUAUGCACCCUCGUCGAGCUCGACAGGUGCGCCCUCUUCUGCUGCCUACCAGCCCUUGGACCCGGCUGUCUCGCGAGGAGAAGUGCCUGAUGUGGCCCAAGAGCGACGAGGGGCGACCAUUCCGUUGGCCUGCUUUGGUGUAGGCGGCAAGCUCGUCACCUUCUUCCCAUCGGCAGACCAGGAUUCUCUGGGAAAUGGCGCAGCUUACGGUCGCUUUGGUGGCACACCCUCCAAGCUUACGAUUCGGACGCUCAGCUCGGUGGUCCCUUCGACCACCUUUGCCAGGUCCUUGGACCCCCUGAAGUUCCCUGGGCCAGCCCUCGAAUCCGGAACGACGCCAUCGACGGCGCUUUCGAGGGCCACAGGUGCUGGCAGCGUCCUAAAGUCCAAGAAAGCUGCCCUGAUCAAGUACCUUGAUGAAGCAGUGCGCGAAGUCUCUAGCGGCGUCGGAUACCUGAGGAGGACAGCUUCGUCAGUGGACGUUGAUGGGUCAGCCGAAGGAGGCAACGGCGAGGGCGCUUCGGUCACUGAAGCACAGCGAAUCGAAGACCGCAUUGUCCUUAUGAGGAUUCUCAUCCUUCUCCUCGAGCAGGACGGCAACAUGGUGGGCAACCCCGCUUUCGACGAAGCUGCCCGCAAUAUCCUCGUUGGUGACGAGCCGCAGCGAGGGUCAGCGCCAGUGUCGCACGAAGCAGCUGCGCCGCUGCACACCUAUGAGCUGCGCCCGUCAUUCUUGUCGAAGAUGCAGGACCUCCUUAUGCAAGGCCAAAAGGAGGCAGCAGUGCAGCUCGCCCUCGAAGAGAAGAUGUGGACGCACGCGAUCAUCAUUGCCAGCGGCCUCGACAAAGAGACGUGGAGAAAGGUCGUGCUGGACUUUAUGGACUUUGAGCUUGGCCUUGCAUCUGGAAGCGGGGCUGCGCUCGACCACGACGGUGAAGGGCUCAAGGUGGCAUACAGCCUCUUCUCGGGCCAAAGCCCAACUUCGAUCUACGACCAAUUCCGGCCGAAGCAGCAACUCGCAGGCGGUGCAGCAGUGGGGACGGACAAAGUGCCACAGUGGCGACGAGCAGCUGCAACAAUUCUGGCAAACCGGUGCACUGGUGACUCAGUCUCUCUGACAGCCAUUGGCGAUGGUCUCGUCUCUGCUGGGUGGCAUGAGGCUGCACAUGUCUGCUACCUUCUCUCACCCCAGAGUUCUGCCUUCGACGGUUAUGACGGCCCAGCGGUCCGCAUGACGCUUCUUGGAGCAUCUUGCCCGGCGGCAAGCUCGUCGUACUUUUGCGACCUGGACCACAUCCUCAUGUCGGAGAUCUACGAGUUCGCCCUCAGCCUCAAGCCCGUCGCAAAGGGCAGCGAGCCGUACCAUGGACUGGCGCAUCUUCAGGCUUACCGCGUCGUUCACGCCUACCUGCUCGCCGAAAUGGGCGACACCAAGGGGGCGCAAAAGUACUGCGAAGCCGUCACAAACAUCCUCAAGGCCGGCAAGAUGAACCGUUACUUCCACCCGCGCCUCUUUGCUCAGCUCCAGGAGCUCUCGGAUCGGCUCAACGGCGCGCCACCGCUCGAUGGAAGCGGAAAGUGGAUGGCGAAGAACAUGAAGCGGCCAACGAUGGAUGGCGUUUGGGGUGCCCUUGAAGGAAGGUUCACCAAAUUUAUUGCUGGCGAGGACGACACUUCCUCAUCAUCCUCGUCACAAACGCUCAGCAAGGCGCCCAGCCACCAGGGCGGAGCCAUCGGACCCUUUACACACUACAGCGCCAUCACGCCAGACGCAAUGUCGGGCGGCGUGUCGCGCGUGCAGUCUUUUGCCGAUUUCAGCUCAAACGUGAACCAGAGCCGGCCUGCGUCACGCUCCGGCAUGCUGUCUUCCCAGUCGUCGGGGCCGCCAAGCGUGCGAGCUGCCUCAGCCCAGGGAACGCGCCAGCUUCGCGAUCCUUACAGCGAGUGGCCGCAGCCGGGUAUUAACGAGGGUGGCAGCCGGAGCGCAGGCAGUCACAUCGCGGCAUUUGGCAACACUGCCCUCGGCGAAGAGGGCACUUAUGGUGGCAGCAGCGCACAGGGGCCCACCUCGGAAAACUCCUCGGACGCCGACAUGUACGCAGGCCCAUAUCGUUCGGAUGGCCCAACGAGCAGUGCACCUUGGGGACAGCAGGCAGAGGAUGAUGGUCACACCCCACAAGGCCAAAGCGGCGAUGUGCCAUGGUACGGCUACCAGGCCCACGGUAGUGAGAAACCGCAAUUUAUCAGUAAUGUCGACGACGACCUCCGUGCCGGCCUCGACGUUGAAGGAUUCAUUUCCCCGAUGGAUGCCAUGGGCGCGAGCCAUAGCUACUCGCCGGCGCCGAAUCCUGGCGAUACGCGGAGCAGAAACGCCGUCGUUGAAGAAGAGGACGACGAGGAGGAUCUUGGCUUCGGCAACGCGAGUAACAGGAAGAAGCAACAAGAGUCGGCCCAGAACAAUGACGGCGCUGGUGGCUCACAGGGAGGACAGGACCAAGCAAGCACUGGCGCCAAGGCAAGUGACAAGUCAGCCGAUGAGAAGAGGCCAGAGCCAAAGCCCCAGGCCUCUUCGUCUUGGCUCGGCAGACUUUGGAGGCGAGACGCAUCAUCGCCAUCGAGUGAAGCGGAGCAGAAGGCAAAGAAGGCUCACUUGGGCGAAGAGACGUCGUUCUACUAUGACAAAGAGCUCAAGCGCUGGGUCAACAAGAAGGCCGGAGACACAGGUGCAGCCGCCGCCACACCGCCGCCGCCUCCCCGGGCACAAACGGCGUCCCCUUCGGUGCCUAGCAGCGCAAUGCCUCCCAAUGGACCACCCCGACGAGGGUCGGUCGACCCUCCUUCACAACUUUCGUCGCCGUCGUCGAGGGCAUCAUCCACCAUCAGCGAGGAUGGUGAGUACGAUGUCGGCCGCAGGGCAGCAAGCUCAGGCGGGCCUCCGCCUCCUGUCGCGCGCGCUAGAUCCAACCUGGCCGAUCCGAACCAGCCGCCGGCGCUUCAACCUGCCUCACGAACGAUUUCGGAACCAAACAGCGGCGCACCGACUCCCCCGCCAGGGCCGCCACGCACGGGCUCGGCUGCAGGCGCUGCAAAGAAGAAGCCCAUCAACAAACGAUACGUCAAUGUCCUCUGAUGAAUACUUUUCCCCGUCUAUCAAUUAUUCGUUGCGAGUCGGUUGUACGACAAAUGUAGAGCUUCUACCAUCUCUCUCUCUAUCUUCUCACGUACGUCUCAUGAACCAUGAGGUUCUGUUCUAAUGUCUCCACGCUGCACAAGAAAUUGUCACGAAUUUCCGUCACGUUUCCCGUGGACCAACCUUGAU